GGGAAAAAGAAAUAGAAAGAUAAAAAUAGAUAAAAAAAAAAAAAAAGAAAAAACUAUGGAAGGCUGUUUUGAUAUCUUGUUUGGUUUCGCGAUCGUGUCCCAAUCUCUCUCACGUUGCUAACGUUCAGCGGGACCCUCUUCUUCCAAAUCUCACAAUCUCUCUUUCACUCGUUUUCUUUCUUUCUUCUCUCAUCCUUCCUCAAUUCUUCUUCGUUUUUGGUCAUCUCUCUCCAGAUCGGCAUCUUAGAGCUAACGAUCACACCAACUCCUCAGUUUCUAGGGCUUGGAUCUUCACACUUCGCCAAAAUGAAUGACGCAGAUGUUUCCAAGCAGAUCCAGCAGAUGGUCAGGUUCAUCCGCCAGGAAGCCGAGGAAAAGGCCAACGAGAUCUCCGUCUCUGCUGAAGAAGAAUUCAAUAUUGAAAAGUUGCAGCUGGUUGAGGCAGAGAAGAAGAAGAUCAGGCAAGAGUACGAGAAGAAGGAGAAGCAAGUUGAAAUCCGGAAGAAGAUCGAGUACUCCAUGCAGCUCAAUGCUUCUCGGAUCAAAGUUCUGCAAGCUCAGGAUGAUGUUGUAAACAAUAUGAAAGAGGCAGCAUCAAAGGAGCUUCUCAGUGUAAGCCAAAAUGAACAUGUCUACAAAAAUCUUUUGAAGGAUCUCAUUGUUCAGAGCUUGCUUCGACUGAAAGAGCCAGCCGUUUUAUUGCGAUGCCGCAAAAGUGACGUCCAUUUGGUGGAGUCUGUGCUGGGUUCAGCAGCUGUUGAAUAUGCAGAGAAAGCAAAAGUUCAUGAGCCAGAGAUCAUUGUUGACCAUGUCCAUCUUCCACCCGGUCCAAGUCAUCACCAUCAUCACGGUCCUUCUUGCUCUGGAGGUGUGGUCUUGGCAUCUCGAGAUGGGAAGAUUGUCUGUGAGAACACCCUUGAUGCUAGAUUGGAUGUUGUGUUCCGUAAAAAACUUCCAGAGAUCCGAAAAAGCCUUUUCAGUCAAGUUGCUGCAUAAUGGAUUGGAUUCGUCUCCAUCUUGGUGCCUCCUGUGAAAUAAUUUAUGAGUCCAAAUUUGGUCUUUGAUGCGAAUUUUAUGUCCCAAAUGUCACGUAUCAAUAAGUAUUACAUUCUUUUUUUUUCUUUAUCUGAUAGUUACAAUGUUCUUGGUUCGAGCUCUACAGGGAGGUAGGCACCCCUAUCGUCUCCAUAGAACCUCCGGUAUCAAUAAUAUUCCAGCUUGAUAAAUUGGUUUUCUUCUUCAAGUUGGGAUGACCUUUUUAGUUAAGUAUAUUUUUGUGUGCACAUCAUGCAGACUAUUGCCCUUAUAUAAUGUAAUUUGACAUUUAUCUUCUGAUGGCAGUUGUUUCAAGUAAAGUUAUUUCACUUGCAUUCA